AUGGGCAUUACUAACUUUAUUCCCCAGAUGAAUGUAUAUAUGAACAAGAAAAAGCGAAAGGUCGAUGAAGCGUUCGAUCCCGAUUAUGAUUACGUCUAUGGUAUAGUCAGUACUGGGACCGACUGGUUCUUUAUUCUUCACAGCACCGAGGGCAUCUAUAGUACGAGCAGGGUUGAAUACCGAAUUUCACUGACAGAAGACGCUCUCAAAGAUGAUACAAAAUUGCGUAAGAGUGUGAAGAGGGUUUUAGAAGUGAUCGUAGGAUUAUUAAAGGAUAGAACAGUAGGUAGUGAGGAACCCGCAAUUAAGAAGCGUCGUGUAGAAGAGAUAAUCAAGGAAGAAUAG